GGGGCGUGGCCUAGAGAAGCGUGUCUUGCAGUGUCCUAAGGGGGCGUGGUUUUCGGAGGGGGCGUGGUCUAGCAGCAUACCUUAAAAGGGCGUGGCCUGACGCAGUUGUUCCUGUGGGGCUGUGUGGCUCGUGUGAGGCGGUCGGGGCGCAGGGCUGUGAGGGCGGGUGGGGUCGGUGCGGCUCCGCUCCUGCUGCGGGAGAGCAGGGCCGGCAUCUGGCAUACUCAGGGGUCGGAGGGGCAGCCAGGCUCGCAGCAGAGGUGAUCUGCAAUCUCCGCAAAGAAAUGCGGUUAUGUUAGAGGUAGUGUUUCAGCCCCGAAUGGAAUCAUGUUCUUUAUUGAAAGCUGAACCUAUGAAGUCACUGCAGGUACAAGUAGGCCAAGUAGAUUAAAUGAUUCAGCUAUUGCAUUGUAAGGAGAUCCAGAGCCUUUGCAUUUGUACCCCAAAGUCAUGGAGUGUGGUUGCACUUUACUUUCAUUUUCUGAUUUCACUUUUUAAUGAGCAUAGGGUUUUUUUGAUAAUUUGCUUUCUACCCGUUGCUACUCACACAGUUAACAUUUAGUAGCGUAUACCGGAAAGACCAAUAUAGGGUGCGUCAACAGCUUUUUGUAGUCCUGCCUCUUUGCUAAUAUCCUUGGGAGCCUGGCACUGUGAGGCGUUACCUUAAUUGGUUUAUAACAGCUGUCAUGAAUAACUGAAAUAAAUAAUACAAGUAACUUGGAAGAGAAAUGCCUAAUGGUGUUUCUGUUUCUACUACUGGAUAAAAAUAACAUCAGAGCUGAUUUGCAGUGACCAUGGAUAAUAAGUGAAGACAUGCAGCUUUUUCUGGGUUAUUGAAUGCUAUCAUAAUGAAGAGCGCUCUUCUGCAGCAGAUGUAUAAGGAUGUGGUGGAAGGUGUUCUGCUGGCAAGGGAAAGCAAUUAUUACACCUCUUUACUUAAUCUGAGUGUGGAGCAGUCACCAGAAAGAGAUGAAUCAGGAAAUGGGAUGCAUUUGCCAUCUCCUGAUGGUGGUAUUAGGAGCCAUCGAGACACAGAGAUGUCAGAUGCGGAUGUCCUUACAACAGAUGAUGUAUCAAAUAGCUUUGCAAACGUGAACCCCUCAUUCUGUCCACGAGAAGUGAUGCUGCUGCAAUUAACCUUGAUCAAGAUGAUGGUUGCUAAAGCAGAGUCCCAAGAAGUUGAAAUCAGUAUGAGACAGAAGUACUGUGAAAUCUUUGUCCUUCUUUUGAAGGAGGCAAAAAUUGACUCACAAUUGAUUUGUCUGGUUGGUAGUUCUGAUCGGCUGUUAUCUCACAUGGCUUCAAAAAGUUUAGCAUCUCUUGUGUAUUUCCAGCUGAAGGAGGAGAAUGUGUUAAAUGUCACUUGGCUCACCUUUAGUCUGAAGACCCUUUCAGGCUUCCCUGUGGAUACCCAGGUGGCACAGUGCCUGUGGACUCUUACAGCUGUUCUCAAAGAGGUACUGAAGGACCGAGCUCUGCCCAAAACAGGUAUUUUGAUGAAGUUGUUGGCUCCUCUUGAUGCUGUGCUUGAAGAAUUUUACAAUUCCAUUCUGGUCCAUCAUUUUGACAGUCACUGCUAUACUUCACCUUAUUCUGAAGCUGCAAACAAUUUAAUCAGUUUUGUAGAUCUGCUUGAAGCACUUUUGACUUCCAGAAUUGAAUUAGAACUACCGCUCAGAUGCCAGAGAGUAUUGUUUUUGAAAGUUUCUUAUGUCCUGAACCUCAUUAGCUCAUCAGUUCACUAUUUAAUCAAGAAGUUGUUCAUUAUGCUCCUUAAAAAAUGUGUCCUUUACAAGACUAGAGAAGAUGCUAGAAGUGGAUCACUGUCCUUGCAAAACCCAUCUUUAUAUGAGGAUAUGCUUGCACUGAGUAAUGCUGUUCUGCAAGUUGUGAAUUUGGCUUGGUUUGACCGGAUCCCACUGAAUGAAAGGAUCAGCUACUUUGGAGGCAGUGAAGCUCCUUCUGGAGGUGAUACUCAAAGUGGUUCUGACCAAACUGUUCUCAGAGCCUUAAGUCUGGUUGUGCUUAAAGCAUUGGAAUUCAAGUGUCAGAGUUCUGCUACAGAAGCUGAAAUCAAAGGAGACUUUCAGAACUCCAUGUCCCAGCUGUUGAUAUUCUGGAAGAGUCAUCUCAAGUCUUCCCCACAGUCUCACACAGUUGUACAUCAGUGUGAAUGGCUCUCCUUGAUUUUCAUAGAGCAAGAUGAUGACUUGUGGGAAGCUGCUAAAGCUUUAUUACUCAUUUAUUUAAAAUUUGAUAGGUUGCGGCAUGAUACUGCUGAUAACUCAAGCCAAAAAGAGGAGGAAACCUGUGAUGUCCUUACACAUGCAUGUGGCUAUAAUCCUCACUGUAUCUUUUUAUUUUCUCUGGAAAAAAUAGCAUUUGAUUCCACAGUACUUUUAGAUUUUUUGAUUUCAUCAGAAACUUGCUUUCUGGAGUACUUGGUAAGGUACCUAAAGCUUCUUAGAAAAGACUGGCACCAGUUUGUAGAGGUCUGUAACUAUUUUGAUACUAAACAUGCCUCUUUUCGGUCAAUUGCUCCUGUCGGCCUACCCCAUCAAGCAAAACAAAGCUGUAUGACUGGUGAGAGUUUACAAAAUGCUUGUGAACAAGAACCACAAACUCCGUUAUCUUUGGCUUCUUCUCGAAAUUGCUUAGUGUUUACUACAGAGCAACGUGAUAACAAAGUUGUGGAGUCUAACCUGUCUAACUCGUUGAUAUGCAGUGAUAGUACAUCUCUGCUGGGUUCUCUUCAAAGCCUUGUUAAUUAUGACAGCUCAGAAGAGUCUGAAUUAGAACCAGAUGGAAAAGAGUGCUUGGUAAACACAAAGAAGGUGCCUCUAAUUAACGAGAGCAAGAAGAUAGUAAGGGAAACUGGUUGCAGCUACACAGAUGAUGCUCAGAAUAUGCACAAGUCUGAAGUGUUGCCUCUGGAACAAAAGGCACCUAAUACCUCAUCCUGUUUGACUUGUAUGGCAUCUUUGGAUAACAUCAUUCCCCUAAGAGUAAUGCUUCACAAAUCCACAAAAUGUUUGGAAGAACUGCAAAAAGCUAUUUCUAGGUUGCAUAGAAGAAAUCUUUUCCCAUAUAAUCCAUCUGCAUUGUUGAAGCUACUGAACCACAUUGGGAAGAUCAGUAAGAACGUGAAUUCACAAUCUGAAGAAGUGUUCCAGUGACUUUUUAACUGGUAUGCUACAGAAUGUUUCCAUGACAUUAACGAGUUCUAAAGCUCAUGCCUUUUACACCUGUCAGUAUAUUUAGCCCUUAACAGGAUAAAUGCGGCUUUGAUUGACACCUUAAAAAUCUGCAAGUGCGUUCAGUGAUACUAUCCAUUACCUUAGGGCGCUAGGCUUAUUCAUGAUGUAAAAGUGUAUGGUAUGUAAAGAUUAGUUGUUAGGUAGUCAAAAUUUGGUAAUAAAUGAUGUGCAAGUAUAUCAAUGAUAUAUGAUACUUAAAGUAUUGUCAGUUAUACUUACUGUCACUAUCUCUAUGAAGUCACUGCCAGAUUGGUAGUGAUUUAUGGACUACAAGUGCAGUGUUGAUGCAGCAUUUGCCUGCUUUGAGGUUGAGCUAAAUAAAAUAUUUUAGCUGGGGACAGUUUUGGUGUUUAUACUGUGUGUUCUGCAUCGAUGCUGUGCUCUAAGUGGACAUUCAGGUGUGCUACCACAACUGAUAAUCCAUGCCACAGUUUUCUUGUCAGAAGUGUUUAACUGAUAUCUCGGUUGUACGUUUUUUCUCUUUAACUGUUUGCCUGAUUUGAUCAGCAGUGUUAUUUCACUGAAAACUUAAUGUAGCUUUUCUUAAUGUUUUGUACUAUAUUUCUUUAACUAGGAGGAAAGGUAGGUGCAGGACUAAUAUGUAUUUGGCUAUGUAUAGAGCGUUUUAGUGGAGCAUUAUAUCUAAAAUCGAGCUUACAUAAUGGAGAAGCGAAAUUCCAACAGAAUUCUUUGCAUCCAUUGCAUAUGUAACUAUAGAAUAUGUAUGUACUGACUAAAUGUGUUAAAAUGGAAACGGAUAACAAGAAAAUAAGUGUCUGCACUGCAGCAAGAUGGAUAUUGAGUUUAAAUUCUUGUAUUUACAUCUUCUGUUAGAUCUAAUUUGAAUAACCUGAAAAAGUAAGCAUCUAAGACUGCCUGUGGAGAGCUAGUCCAGAACUGGAUCCAGAACUUAACAGGAAGCCACCUAAUGUUGGUGCGCUUAACGUGCAGCUUGUAAUGAUCUUACCAGGCUUAGGCAAUGGGAAAGUACUGAUGACAGGGACUACAGUAAAAAUCUUGGACUUCAUCAGAACUGUAAGAAGCAGUUUUCCUUUUAGGAUCAUCUCUUUGAAGGUAAGUGCUCUAUCAUGCUUGAGAAGCAAGUAAGCGCUAUUUUCCAUUUAGCUAUUUAGUGUUAAACUGAAACAGGUACUGAGUUAAGUCGAGCAGUCUCUGAAGCAGGUGGCUCUGUCCCCCACAUCUCUGUGGCCAUUUUUUAAGUCGGUCUUGAGCUCUGAACUGGUGAAUCAACAUUACUGGGAGAGGAGGAUAACUAG